CAUUCUCUAAUAAUACAAAUCCUUCGUUUUUUUUCCUCAGAUUUUACUCUGUGGGAUGGAGACAAAAUUAAAAGCAACAAAGUGAGGCAGUCUCAGAAGAGCAGCACGUAUGAAAUCACUGCAUCUGAUUCCAUUAAGUCCAAGUCAUCUCUGCUGGAUGUUGAUGGGUCUCUUAGUGCCAGUUUCAUGGGAGGAUUGAUUAAAGUCGGAGGAUCAGCCAGCUACCUGAAUGAUAACAAGACGUUCAAGAAUCAGAGCAGAGUAACUCUGCAGUACAAAGCCACAACAGAGUACGAACGUCUGAAUGUGACUCAACUUGCCGCUCCAAACACGCAGAUCCAAGAUGCCAUCAAGAACAGCCGAGCAACACAUGUGGUCACCGGCAUCCUUUACGGCGCAAACGCUUUCUUUGUGUUUGACAGCGAGAGGAUGGAUUCCAGUGAUGUGCAAAAGAUCGAGGGCAGCAUGAAAGCAGCCAUCAAGAAGAUCCCAGAGUGUAGCAUAAAAGAAAAAACCAGCAUCAAGCUGAGCGCCGAGGAGCAAAACGUGACGAAUAAAUUCUCCUGUAAAUUCCACGGAGACUUCAUUCUUAGCAGCAACCCUACAACAUUUGAAGAUGCAGUGAAGACCUACGUGAAGCUUCCAACACUUCUUGAAAAAACUUUGGAGAACACGGUUCCUGUUAAAGUCUGGCUGACUCCUCUGAAGAACCUGGAUAAAUCCAAUGAAGAACUGAAGGCAGACAUUUCUGUCAGUUUAGUAAGUAAAGCAGAGAAUGCUCUUGACGGCAUGAGAGAGAUAGAAAUGAGAUGCAAUGAUGCUCUGGAUGAGAAUGUGGUGAAAAAAUUCCCACCGAUGCAGAAAAAGUUGAGAAAUGUUCUAAAUCUCUGUGAAGAUUACACAAAAACACUCAAACGCACCAUGGAGGAGAAGUUCCCGCUCAUUCGUGAAGGAAAAGAAGAUGAAGGAUCAGUGCAUAAAGUCUUUGAAGAUCUGAAGAAAUCUCCAUUCAGUCAGGAGAACUUGGACAAGUGGCUCGAUAACGUGGAGAGAGAAAUCAAUGUCCUCACUUCCUGUGUGAACACCAUGGAGGGAAUCAAGAUCGUCUCAGAUGAAUCAGAGUUGGAUAGAGAGGUUCUUGCCUCAGGUGUAAAACAUGCUCUCUGCUUUGUUUUCACCUCUGUGGAAACUGAAGAUCCAUACUUGAAGCAGAUGGACGAAUAUCUUGGCUGUAAUGAAACACAAAGGCCUACAAGUGUGACUCCACCCUCAAAGGAUCACUGGUUCUUCAAUAACAGAAUCUUUGUUGGCAUGAGACGGAAAGCCAGACUGUUGACUUCUACUUUCAAAAACCUGAAGAGCAGCAAGAAGUAUGGCUUUGUCAUAGCUGCUCUGCCAAACCAGAAGCACAAAGGAGCAACCAUCUACCAAUACAGAGACGGAUCCAGACUGUUGAACUCUACUUUCAAAAACCUGAAGAGCAGCAAGAAGUAUAGCUUUGUCAUAGCUGCUCUACCAAACCAGAAACACAAAGGAGCAACCAUCUACCAUUACAGAGACGGAUGUCUGAAAACAGAAAAUUUCUCCAAGCUAUUCAUCAAGAUGAUGAUGUUCAAGUUUAUUUUCAUUAGAAAUCGUAAGAAGAAGCUUACCAUUUAA